AUUAAAUGAAUAUUUUAGCUAUUAUUUCUUUUUUGUCCGCUUUAGGCUUACUUUAUGUAGCCGUUGUUCCGGAAUAUGCUCAAUAUGACGAUGAUUUUGAGCUUUUUAUUGCUACUUAUGGCAAGAAUUAUGGAACUCAGCAAGAGAUGGACUAUAGAAGAACUGUGUUUGAUACCAACAUGAAUCUUGCUGAGGAGUUGAACAACCUCAAUCCUGAAGCUGAGUUUGGAGUUACUAAAUUUGCAGAUCUAACACAAGAAGAGAUGGCUCAAAGAAUGGGAGGAAUGGUUGGUAGAGCUGAAAAGGAAGAAGAUGUAGAAGUCUAUAAUCAAACUUCUACUUCCCUAAAAAGCUACGACAUCAAUUGGAGACCAUAUAUGAAGCAUAUCCAGGACCAAGGAAGCUGUGGAUCUUGUUGGGCCUUUGCAGCAGUUGCAACCAUGGAAGGUAGACUCGCAAUCAAGUAUGGAAUGACAUCUAAGCUAUCAGAGCAGCAAGCUCUUGAUUGUACAGGAUAUUAUAGCAGUUGCUCUGGAGGAUACUAUAUGGACGUAUUUCAUUAUUUCAAAAAUGAAGCUUUGUGUAAAGCAGCCAACUAUAAAUAUAAAGCAUGGAAAGAUACCUGUUAUUAUUGCUCAGGGAACAGAAGAGUCAAGACAGUCUGGCAAGUCAAUAAUGGAGAAUCAGGAUUGUACUCUUGUCUCAAAGAAGGACCUAUUGCCGCUUACGUUAAUGCUUAUGGCUGGAAUUUGUAUAAGAGCGGGACGAUCACAGCUAACCAAGGAGAAACAGUUCAAGGCACAGCAGCUCACAUCAUUGUUGUUGUCGGAUUUGAAGAUACUUAUAACCACUGGGUCAUUAGAAACUCAUGGGGAGCUGAUUGGGGAAUGGAUGGUCACAUCUUCCUUAAAUAUGGAUAUGGCUCUUGCGAUAUAGGCUCUGGCCAAGGAUACCCAGAGUUUUAUUAAUUUCUGGAUUGAACUUCAAAUCAAGCUUUUAA